UUGGCGCGGUAAAAAGUACGAACUUGAAACCGUUGACGAAAAGUUCAAAAUAGAUCUUGUUUUUUAUGCCCUGUGUGAAAAGUGAAAAGCUCCUAGACAGACAACGAAGACAUUGACAUUCAAGGCACACUAACACACACUUGACGCCUGCGGUAUUGGCCAGCAACUACAACUUCGGGCCAACAACAAGUUUUAAGCCAGGCAGCAUUUAAUGGGAUCAUUAUAAGUAUAAAGAGAACAGAAGGGGCAGACUGGCCGCCUUUUUCGCAUAGCAGAGCAAAACGUGAUCGCGAGAGAAUUACUGACCGUCCUCCAUCGGACACGCACACGGCGAACAAAAAAUUAUAAUUAUAAUUAAUAAUAACAUAAAAACGAAAAUCGCAACACAAGGAACAACAUAAACCGGCACAACAAUGAAUCAAACACAAGUGAAUAACUUUUUGAAAUGCUUCCUGCAAAUUGAUGAGACCGUUAGCCAUUUGGCAAUGCGCGAUGAUCACGACCAUGAUCACGAUCACGAUCACGAUCACGACGAUCAUGACGAUGACGGGUCCUUAAUUGUCGCCAAGGUAACCGCCAUGGUUGUCCUCUUUUGCGCCAGCACAUUGUGUGGCUCAAUUCCUUUUCUGUUGAAUCGCUGGUUCCGGUGGACAGAAAGCCAAACAAAUGCCCGCUCCGCCACUGUAGUGAAGUGUCUUCUAUAUAUGGGUGGUGGCGUUCUUUUGGCCACCACGUUUCUCCACUUGCUGCCCGAAGUGCAGGAGGUGGUGGAGCAACUGCAGGAUUGUCAGAUAAUACCCGAACUGACCUUCCCACUUGCCGAACUGCUGAUGUGCUGCGGCUUCUUUAUUCUCUACUUUGUGGAGGAGGCUAUACACACAUAUGUGCAUCACAAUAAUUCACAAGACGAUGAAGCUGUGGCUGCCUUUGAACGUGGACAUAGCAUACGCCACAGUCAUCUGGUGAAAGCGCCCACUGCUCCAGCUCUGGGCAAUGGAGGAGAGCAUGUUCCUUCCACAAUUACGGAGGUAGGCAGCCCCACCACGCUGUCUGUGCAGGAUCUGCUGAGCAGCGAUCAAAAGUAUCAGGAGGCCACACUCUCCCCACCACCCGCCCACACUUGCCAUCAUGUGCAUCAACAACACCACGCCCAUCAUCAGAGUCAUGGCCACAGCCACCUGCCUUUGCCAGCGACUAACGGUGCAGAUCACAACCCGGCCGAUGUGUUGGCUUCCUCCCUUCGUGGAUUGUUCAUUGUUUUGGCAUUAUCGCUGCACGAGCUCUUCGAGGGAAUGGCCAUUGGACUCGAGGGCUCGGCGAGUUCAGUGUGGUUCAUGUUUGGCGCCGUCUCAGCUCACAAACUGGUGCUGGCCUUCUGUGUGGGAGUGGAACUAAUUGUGGCCCGCACCCGCUUCAUUCUAGCCUGCAUCUAUGUGCUAACUUUCGCAGUUGUUAGUCCCCUGGGCAUUGGCAUUGGUAUCCUUAUCAGUCAUGGAAAUAAUUCCGGUGUCCCCAGCCUGACGUCAGCCAUUUUGCAAGGCUUCGCCUGUGGCACACUUCUCUAUGUGGUGUUCUUUGAGAUUCUCUCGAAAAACCGCUCCGGCCUGAAAGCUUAUUUGGCGCUCUUUGUUGGAUUUCUUAUUAUGUUCGGAAUACAACAGCUUGGUGCAGGCGGGCACGGACACAGCCACGGCAGCAGUUGCUCAAGCAGCGAAACCGAUCAUGAACACGAACACGCCGCGCAUAUGGAGGGCCGGGCAGGCGAGCAUGAACAUGCUCAUGCGGGGCAGGACGGCGUGGCUCCGAUUGCCAGUCAUAUGAAGAACAAUUAUGAGCAACAAUUGCAAGUCUUGCGUCAGGUGACGCAAAAGCUAUUGGACAAUCAUCACAAGAAAGAAUAAUAGCUACUGCAAACAAAAAUAUUCAUACAUAUAUGUACAUAUAAAUACAUAGUACUACUUAUAUACACAUAAUUUAAUUUGAAAAGAUAACUGCUAUGCAGAAAUUGUAUAUAUCUACAUACACACAUACAUA